AUGGCUUUGACAGGUCAAAUCAAAGUGCUUACGUUUAAUACUUGGGGACUGCCCUUGGCCUCUAAGGAUGACAAGCUGCGCCUCCGGAACCAGGCUGACUACUUUAGACAGACAGGGAAGGACCUGGAUGUCGUACUUCUCCAGGAGGUGUGGUCGGAGGAGUACGUGGCGCUCCUGGCAGAUGCGGCGGCGGCAGCGGGCUUGGCGCACGUCACCACCUUUGACGGCGGCAUGUUGGGCGCUGGGUUGAUGGUGAUGUCACGAUUUCCCAUUAUAGAUGUGGUGUUUCAUCCGUACUCCGUACGCGGAGAGCCGGGGGCGCUCCAGGGGGAGGCUAUGGCAGGCAAAGGAAUCGGUUAUGCACGUGUUCAGCUGCCGCACGGCAGCGGCAGUACGGCAGCCCACAUUUUCAACACCCAUACACAUGCCAACUGGGUACAUAGCGUGGCGAUCGACACGUGCCUGUCUGACGUCAAGGUCCCCACGGACAGCUUCGCACCGUACCGUGUGGCCAACAUCGUAGAUGCGAUCAGCUUUAUGCGGCCCGUUGUGGAGGCGGCGAUGGCCGCUGGGGAGCUAGUGCUUGCAGGUGGGGACUGGAAUGUUCCCGCGGACUCUCUGGAGGCCACCCUGAUUCAGGAGCUUCUGCCCGGUCUGCGGGAUGCCUGGCAGCUGGCAGGACACGCGACAUUGGACCCCAGAGGCAACACGUGCGGUGAUCCGAGCAACGUGUACACCGGCAGUAUCAUCGGAGGUUAUGUGCCGGAGCGUAUCGACCUUGUGUGGACCAACAGCAGCAAGGUUUCCUCCUGUGAGACGGUGCUCAAGGUCAUGCCCGGGACGAACCUCAAUUACAGCGACCAUUACGGGGUGCUGGUGACGGCGUCAUGCGAAGUGUCGAGGCUUAAGCCCAGACCUACGGCCUUGGCGCCUGCGGUUGCAGCAGCUGCAACAUCGGCAACAACAAUAACAGCAUCAACACUACUUACGUCAACCCUCCAAGCAGGAGCUGCCCAAGGGGAAGAAGGGAACGACGGAUCCCCUGGACCCGCGCUAGGAUGUUGGGCCGACCCCCAAAGCGACUCCAACGUUUGUGAUCGCCGUACCACACGGGGUGCCGGGCCCGUCGCCGAAUCCAAGGUUUCACCGGACUCCAGAGGAGGCGGCGGCGGCAGCUGUGAUGGCGAAGCCCGGAAGGUCAAUCGUCGCGCUCGUCUGCUUCAGCUGGCGCUCGAGCAGCUCCGUACAGGCCUAACGGCAUGUUCGGCAUGCCAGGCACGUCUGCGGCUGCGUGCACUGCUGCUUGCUGCCGUCGCGCUGGCGGCCAUCGCCGUUCAGCUGUACUGCGUAGUCGCUGAGACGGACCACUGGGCGAGGCGUCUGGCCGGGGUGCUGGCGGUGGUUGUGGCGCCUGUGGCAUUGGCGCUGUGCCUGUGCCAGCCGGUGUGGAUGCUGAUGAACAAGGCGGUAUGCCGUGGGUUGGGGCAGUUGGUACGGAUGGUGGAGAUGUGGGAGAAAGCGGCACGGGCGGAGGGAGUUUCAGAGUAA